CCUCCGAUGAAAUGAUUCCACCGAUUCUUUGCAGCCUUGCUGCCGACUUUGAUGCCCCAGAAAAGAUGAGGCUGGUGUUCUGUCCACCCACUUUCCCCUCUUUCCCAUCUCCGCAAGCCCCGGAUAUCCGUGGCACCUUCUUCUUCCUCGGUUGCCGAAGCCGAUCUUCGUUUGCUGUGUGCCUGAUGAUGCGCAGUAUUAUCUGCUGAUAAGAAAAGGUCGACAUGCUGUUCCUGACAAUCUUCUUGUCUUUUGUAACUCGCAAUCGUGUUGAUCCAAUCACUACAACAUGAAUGCUUUGAGGCGUCAAGUUUAUGCUGUGAAUGCACCGAUACAACGAUGCUUCUCCACGUCAAGUCAGAGGCACGCGACCUAUGGCUUUAUCGGAUUGGGUCAGAUGGGCUAUCGUAUGGCUCAAAACCUAAGAGCCAAGCUGCCCAGUUCCGACAAAUUGAUCAUUCAUGAUGUGAACAGCGAAGCAACGUCGAGAUUCGCAAAGGAGAACUCAAAUGUAGAAGUCGCUGAAGAUGUCAGAGAUGUCGCAGAAAAAUCAGAAACAAUCAUCACAGCACUCCCAGGACCAUCUCAUGUACAAAACGUUUUCAAAUCAAUGCUCAAACCACCAACACUCCUCCGUGACGGCGUGGACCAAGAACGUCUCUUCAUCGACUGCUCAACCAUCGACCCCCUCUCCUCCGCAGACGUCGCCAACGCAGCCCACUCAACCGGCCAAGGCAAAUUCAUCGACGCCCCAAUGUCUGGCGGUAUUGUAGGUGCCCAAGCAGGCAAACUCACCUUUAUGAUCGGGGCACCAUCAGAACUCGUCGACCGCGCCACUGAAGUUCUGCUGAUGAUGGGAAAGCGUGUAAUUCACCUCGGACCUCAAACUUCUGGCUUGAAAGGAAAACUGGCGAAUAACUACCUUCUCGCUCUUAACAACAUCGCUACCGCAGAAGCCAUGAAUAUGGGUGUCAAGUGGGGAUUGAAUGCUUCCGCACUGGCUGACAUGAUCAACACGAGUACUGGAAAGUGUUGGCCCAGUGAAGUCAACAACCCCGUUCCUGGUGUUCUCCCUGAUGCUCCCGCUAGUAAGGAGUAUGCAGGUGGCUUUGGCACGGCACUGAUGAACAAGGAUUUGAAGCUGGCCAUGCAUGCUGCUCAGCAAUUCGGCAUUGAACCUCGUCUUGGACCCAUGGCUGCUUCCAUUUACGCCGCGAUAGAGGGUAACCCAAAGUACAAGGGCAAGGACUUUUCGGUGGUUUACAAGUACCUUUGCGGAGAGUAGACGGAAUUGAUAGCGAUUGUGUUUCAAGGAGUCGAGCGUGCUUUCAUAUGCUAGAUAUGUAGACUUUCAGGGGUCGUCUUUUGCAGGUGCUGGUCACCAAUAUCACUUGC